CUAAUGCCACGUGGCUGCGUUUCCAAGCCGGCGCUUCCCUGAACUCAGCCGACUCCCUUCGGUUCGCUAACCUACCCGUCGACGGCCACAGGAAUAUCCGGAGCUUACGCGAUGGGUGGCUGCUGGAUGCCAGUCUGCCUCCUGGGUCUCGUCAGCCUGGUGGUCGGCGCCGCGGCCGGCAGCUGCGCCGAGGCCAAGCUCUGCUGUCCCGGCCGGGACUCGGCCUGCGUUGUUCAGAAGAGCUCGCCGAACGCGGUAAUGCAGAAUCCUGGGGACAAGCCCUGCUACUGCGAUCACGCCUGCCUCAAGCUCGGCGACUGCUGCGACGACUUCAAGGAGGCCUGCGGCGUGCUGGACUGCGUGGUAUCCGGCUGGGGCUCGUGGUCCGUUUGCGACAGCGAGUGUGGUCCUGGGGCCCAGACGAGGUCCCGUCUCGUCGAGCGUGCCGCCGAGAACGGCGGUAAGCACUGCCCCCAGUUGGUGCAGCAUAGAGGCUGCCAGGGCUCCAAAUGUCAUCGACGCAAUCCCAAAUCCGCGCUUAAGGAAGUUGCCUUAUUACUACCUGCGGAACUAAGCGAUGUGCGGCACAUGAACGACAGCAACGACAUUCGCACGAAUCUUCGACUGCAGUAUCGGGAUGAUCCGGAACACGAUGCUUCGAAAGAGUAUUGCGUGACGUUCACGGUGACUAAGGCCUCGAAAGCCUGCUACAAGGAGUCGAGCCUCUCGGAGCUCUCGGAGGGCUCGAGAGUCUGCGUCCGCUGUCAGAUGCAGGCUCUGAGGCGCGUCCUGGACUGGCGGUGCGAGGGCGACGGCGGCACCGAGGCCAUGAUCACCAGGUGGAGUAUGCUGAGCUCGCCCCACUGCCAUGGCAAGUGGCUGCGCACGAAAAGGACGGUAGCGGAUUGCGACGUGGCUCUCUGCCAGCCCCGGCCUCACUUUAUCUUCGUCUGAGCGAUUAUCCUGCGCCCUUGGCUGACGACGAUUCGUUCGAUUGGCUUUCUCGAUUUACAGGAACUGACGUGGCCUGGCCCGACUGACCCGGCUAGAGAGUGAUUUUAUUUGUUGCAUUGUCGUAUUGGAUUAUUUGGCCGAUUGGUCCUCCCCUCGUGAAAAACAGCUUUGGGUAUAUUAAGUGCUAUAUUUUAUCUAUCUCAUUAACACUUGGCUCUUGCUUAUUAUAUUAGACUACAUGCAUACGUUAUGAUGACUUGCGCUUGGAUCAUUGAUUUUUGAGUAAGAUUCGCAAGUUUGGGCAAACAUUUCUUGUGAACUCUAACGCGAAAGCUCUAUAGAUUUUAUUGAAGAUUAUGCUCUGAAAUUUAGCAUUUAGCGACGUUUAGCAAGACAUUUAUCAGCGUAUUUUUGUAAAUAUGCUGACACGUCGUUUAAUUAUCGGCUUUAAAACGAAAAGUCAUGGAAUUAUAAUGUUACCGCAGGACAUAAUCUUUAUAAAAGUGUCUUGCCAUUCUCCAUUUGACAAUGAAUCAAUUUGCUGCAAAGCUGUAAUUCUUAUAAAUGAUCCUUUUGGAAUAAAACAAAGAAAAAAGAGAACGUUUCACUGGAAUCAAAUUUUCAAAUUAAAAUUACUUUUUUUUGUGCAUUACAAUUGGCUAAGUAGACAGUAGGAAACUUUGUAGAUUUUACGAAAGAAUUUAUGAAAAUAUAUGGGAUAUCUUAAAGAUUAGUUUCUAAGUGAUUUGUAGCUGCAUGCAGAUCUAUAAAAUUUAACAAUUUGUCUAAUAUUUUUUAUAUGGGAAUCUCUGUACUACAA